UUUCAGUAUUCAAUAUACUUUAUAUUUAUGAAAAAUCACAUUUUUGCAUUUGUUUUUCAGCUAUUGUUGCGGGUUGUAGCGCAGCGGCAAUAUUUAUCUUCGUUUUAAUUGCUUUAACAUGGUGCAGGCUAAAGCGAGGCGCUAAAGCGGCGGCUGACAUAGAAUAUCCAGCUUAUGGUAUAACUGGCCCGAAUAAAGAAAUAUCACCUUCGGGAGAUCAAAGACUCGCUCAGUCUGCACAAAUGUAUCAUUUCCAACACCAAAAGCAACAAAUUAUCGCUAUGGAAAAUCGUAUUUCUGCAACCAGAGAUCCAGGCUCAGUAUCUGAAGCAGAAAGCGAGGAAGAAAAUGAAGAAGGGGACUAUACUGUUUACGAAUGUCCAGGAUUAGCUUCU